AUGGCGACCUCGCAGGCCCCGGGGGAGAAGAUCAGCAUCCAGGCGGGAGAGGCAGCCCAGGCCGGGGACCGGGAUCCGCUGGGGAGCGACUGUCCCGAGUGGGACAAGCCCGCGCCGCGCUCCUGGAGGCAGAAGUGCGCCUCCUACGUGCUGGCCCUGCGGCCCUGGAGCUUCAGCGCCUCGCUCACGCCGGUGGCCCUGGGCAGCGCCCUGGCCUACCAGUCCCAGGGCGUCCUGGACCCCCGGCUGCUGGUGGGCUGCGCCGUGGCCGUCCUGGCGGUGCACGGGGCUGGCAACUUGGUCAACACGUACUAUGACUUUUCCAAGGGCAUUGACCACAAAAAGAGCGAUGACCGGACCCUGGUGGACCGGAUCCUGGAGCCCCAGGACGUUGUCCGGUUUGGAGUCUUCCUCUACACCUUGGGCUGCGUCUGUGCCGCGUGCCUCUACUACCUGUCCCCUCUGAAACUGGAGCACUUGGCGCUCAUCUACUUUGGAGGCCUGUCUGGCUCCUUCCUCUACACGGGAGGGAUCGGAUUCAAGUACGUGGCCCUGGGAGACCUCAUCAUCCUCAUCACGUUCGGCCCACUGGCCGUGAUGUUCGCCUACGCCGUCCAGGUGGGGUCCCUGGCGGUCUUCCCGCUGGUGUACGCCAUCCCCCUGGCCCUCAGCACCGAGGCCAUUCUCCAUUCCAACAACACCAGGGACAUAGAGUCCGACCGGGAGGCGGGCAUCGUCACGCUCGCCAUCCUCAUCGGCCCCACCUUCUCGUACAUGCUCUACAGCACGCUGCUCUUCCUGCCCUACCUGAUCUUCAGCAUCCUGGCCACACGCUACAGCAUCAGCCUGGCGCUGCCGCUGCUCACCAUCCCCAUGGCCUUCUCCCUGGAGAGGCAGUUCCGGAGCCAGGCUUUCAACAAACUGCCCCAGAGGACCGCCAAACUCAACCUCCUGCUGGGGCUAUUCUACGUCUUUGGCAUCAUCCUGGCACCGGCAGGCAGCCUGCCCAAACUCUGA